CCUUGCUGGAGCAGCUGGGAGAGUGCUGAGGGUGCAGAGGAACUGUACACUGCUCUGCACUGGCCAUAAGGUUCACGAAACUUUAAUACUGUGGAAUUGUGGGCUUUGAUAGUGCUCUGAAUUGGCACAUUUUUUCCAAAUAAAACAGCAACAGCAGACCGCAAUAUUACACCUGGGGCCUUUUCAAGUGGAUUAUUCAAAAUAUAUGAAGAUGAGCAGCAAGGACUCUCCGGGAGACUUCAGGUGGGGCAAACUCCUGACUGUCGGCAACAUGUACCUGUUCACAGUUGAUGUUAGCGAGUUCUCACCUGUGGAGAUCAUAGUCACCUCUUCAAAUAACCUAAUUGAAGUCCAAGCUGAAAAGGUAGGAGAAGAUGGUACAGUCCUAAACAAUUUCAUCCACAAGUGCCAACUGCCAUCAGAUGUGGAUCCCAUGUCUGUAACUUCGACGCUGGCAGAUGGUGGUGCCCUAACAGUGAAAGCUCGCAGGCACCCGACUGACACCUAAUCUGCUUCUAGUGUCAAGACCUGGCUAUCCCCUUCUCACUUCCUCUUGGUCUAUAUCCAAGUCUUCCUAAAUUUGGUGAAAUUGAAAUGUAUUUACCCUUGGUUAAAUCAACAGUACUUCCUGAAAUUUGAACUGAACUUUGAAUUGUUAUGACGUCUAAGAACGUAUUUGUAGACCUAACAACUGAGAAAGAUUCCUUAGUGUACAUCGCAUACAAAUUUUACAAAUAUUAUGUCUGUGUAAACUGAAAAAAUACACUUAUUAAGCAAGAAUUUGUGAUGUGGUCUUAACCAAUUUACACUUAUUUAUAAACCUCAAGCAUAUUCUGAUGGAGUCACCUGGGGUUUGAAAUUUCACACAGAGUUCAGACUUUUUCCACAAUAGUUGCAGUGGUUAUAAAACUAUGAACGCUCAUGGAUAAUUAAAAGACCAGUGCUAAUCCA